AUGAUUAGAAAGUAUGAUUUAGUGGAGAGAGAACCUGUAAUUUACGACCAUGACUAUUGUGACUCACCUAAUAUUGUUCACUUGUCAGAGUACAAGAAAGCUGCAAUAUCUUAUAUUGGAGGCUACGUUGCACAAAUGGUGAGAAAGCAAAUUUCUUGCAUGCCCUGUAGUCAAGCUGUUGGUUCUAUCGGUCAUCCCGCACAAGGAAGCUUUCUGAAAAUGAAAGACAGAGGGUCUUUAUUUAAGCCUACCCAAAGUGUACUGAAAAUUUGUGAAGAAACUGAGAAAUGCUUUCAAAGAAUGCUCAUUAAAACCAAAAAAAUCUUCCACAUUGUAAAGGUGUAUCUGAUGCUAUUGCCACAGCUGUAUUGGGAAGCAUAA